CUUCCUCUUUCAAUAACAAAUUUGUCAGCUAUCAGUAGGCUCCGAGACACCAAGAGUUAGCUUUUUCACCACCAACUCCCUGCAAAGAAACAAGCCCAGCAAGGCUCCAAGUUGUGGAACACAAGACUUCAAAUGAGUGAAUAUACUUCUGGAUGGUUUUGGGUGACUUUUCACAGCUUGUUGUGUUUGAGGGAUUAUAACUUCAUGGCUUACCUUGAUAAAUAAGCUGAAAUAUUCAAGAUGGGAAGCAACAGCACCAGCAAUGCUGAGACUCACUGCAAUGACCCCAAUGUGACAUUUCAUUACUCUCUCUAUGCAACCACCUACAUCCUCAUAUUCAUUCCUGGUCUACUGGCCAACAGUGCAGCCUUGUGGGUUCUGUGCCGCUUUAUCAGCAAGAAAAAUAAAGCCAUUAUUUUCAUGAUAAACCUCUCUGUGGCUGACCUUGCCCACGUGCUGUCCUUACCCCUCCGGAUUUACUAUUACAUCAGCCACCAUUGGCCUUUCCAGAGGAUCCCUUGUCUGCUAUGCUUCUACCUGAAGUAUCUCAACAUGUAUGCCAGCAUUUGUUUCCUGACAUGCAUCAGCCUUCAGAGGUGCUUCUUUCUCCUCAAACCCUUCAAGGCCAGAGACUGGAAGCGUAGGUACGAUGUAGGCAUCAGUGCUGCCAUAUGGGUCAUCGUGGGUACUGCCUGUUUGCCAUUUCCCAUCAUGAGAAGCACAGACUUAGCCAACAACACUGAUUCCUGCUUUGCUGAUCUUGGUUACAAGAAAAUGAAUGCAGUGGCUUUGGUUGGGAUGAUUACAGCUGCUGAACUGGCAGGAUUUGUGAUUCCAGUAGUCAUCAUUGCAUGGUGCACCUGGAAAAUGACUAUAUCCUUGAGACAACCACCUAUGGCUUUCCAAGGAAUCAGUGAAAAGCAAAAAGCACUGAGGAUGGUUUACAUGUGUGCUGCAGUCUUCUUCAUCUGCUUCACUCCCUAUCAUAUUAACUUUAUUUUUUAUACCAUGGUAAAGGAAGCUAUCAUUAGCAGUUGUCCCAUUGUCCAAAGCACACUGUAUUUCCAUCCUUUUUGUCUAUGCCUUGCAAGUCUCUGCUGCCUUUUGGAUCCGAUUCUCUAUUACUUCAUGGCCUCAGAGUUUCGUGACCAACUAUCUCGCCAUGGUAGCUCUGUGACUCGUUCCCGCCUAAUGAGCAGGGAGAGUGGUUCAUCAAUGAUUGGUUAAAAAUAAAAGAGCUCUUGAUUAUGGCUUUGUUUAACUAUGUUUCUCAUUGCUUUUGCCAAAGACCAAAAUGACUAGACACACAGUUUCUUUAACUGAACUUUGGGAAGAACAGAAAUAUUUGUGCUCACAGGGGUGUGACAAUAGAGGCAGAGUGUGAAAUGUGGGAGAUGAAGGGAAAAUGAGACUUUCCUGCUUCCUCUUUGAAAUUCAAGACACUUUCUUACUUGAGAGAUUUAGAUCAAGAUUUUACAGAUGUUUUAAACAAAUGAAAAUUGCAUAUUUUAUCUUAAACCUUUCUUUAGUAAACGUGAUGCUGUUAAUGAUACAAUAAAUGCAUGAAUCC